AUGCCCCUUUGGCUGGUGUACCACCCCGAUGGCACGUUUGAGGACGAUGCCAGCAAAGAAGCCCUUUCCACCGACAUCACAAAAAUCUACACCAGUAUUGGCUUGCCUGCCUUCUAUGUCGUCGUCAACUUCAUCAAAAUGCCUGGGAACACCAUGUGGAUUGGCGGCAAGAAGCUGAAGAAGGAGAAACCAUUCAUCCGCAUCUCGAUUGACCACGUCGCUGUCAAACUCCCCGAUGAAGAUAAAGCCUACAGAGAGUUAUCAGAGGGCGUGGAUGCAACCCUGAAGCCGCAUGUCGCCGACAAAGGUUACGACUGGGAGUUCCAUAUCGACGAGACAGAAAAGCGUCUUUGGAGGAUCAAUGGCCUCGUUGGACCGCCAUUUGGGAGUGAGGUUGAGAAGAUGUGGGCAAGAGAAAACAGGCCAAUUCCAUGGGAGAAUCAGUAG